UGUUGGAAGAGAGAAAGAGGGAAGUAGUGAGGCACUGGUGGACAGUAGCUUUCAGUAUCGCAGCAUUUCGGACAUAUAUCCUCUGCUAAUGCCACUUGUUUCUUCUUGGAGGAUCUCCAAGAGAAGAUGUUUAUAGAACAUGGUGGAUGUUAAGAAGAAGAAGUGAUGAGGCAUUUAUCUGAAGCACACUGACAGGAUGGCAUCACAGGAGGAGAAGGAGCCUCCUCCAAACGGAGGUCAAUCAGAUAGCCGUCUAAAGAGCAAGAAGCCACCCAGCCUUGUAAUAGCCAUACCUCCACCUGAGGUGAUGAUGUCUCAUGACCCUGCAAAACAGCCACUGCGACCGUCGCUGAAGAAAAGUGAGACUGGCCAAGCAACCGGUUCUGUGUCUGAGAGCGUGACUGGAGCUGGAGAGGGAGGCUUCUUAUCCAGAGACAGAAGAGCAAAGUUUAGUAGACAAACAUCACUGUCUCAAAGCAUCCGCAGGAAUACAGCCCAGUGGUUUGGAGUAGGGGAAGACUGUGAGACCAAGCAGCAGGUAUGGCACAGGAAGAGUCUGCGCCACUGCAGCCAGCGCUAUGGCAAACUGAAGGCCCAGUACAGAGAACCAGACACAGCCACCAGCAUUGACCAGGGCCUGGACUCACCAGCCACACACAAGAUGCCCAAGAUUGUGGAUCCUCUGGCACGGGGAAGAGCCUUCCGAUGCCCAGAUGAGGUGGACAGUCGCUCCCCCAGGACACCCCACACCACUCAGGGGGUUCCCAUCACCCCAGGGGUUACCUCACUUAGCUCUUUCACCAGCCAGCGCUCCGGGUACAGCCGCUUCCCCAGACGCAAGAGGGAAUCCGUUGCCCGCAUGAGCAUUCGAGCUGCAUCCAACUUGUUGAAAGGUCGUAGUGGCUUGGCAGGCUCCCAGACAGGUCGCAGUUUCCCCAGAAGGAGCUUUGCCAGGCCCAGCUGGGUGGACGAGGACACCGUGGACUCUGCAGACAUGUCUGGGUCGCUCUUCUUCAGCAAGGUUGAUGCCCAUGAUGAGAUGUACUCGAUGGCUGAUGAUGUAUUUGAAUCUCCUCCCAUGUCAGCAUCUUUUGCUCCCUGCGAGCAGCCUGACCAGAAGUUCCCUAGUCUUAAGGACGUAUCCCGGACACCCAGGACGCCAACAGUAGCGCCUGAAAAGAGCCACCCUCGUCGGGGGCGUCGCAUCGCCUCCCAAGUUAAGCACUUUGCGUUUGACAAACAUAAGCGUCAGUACGGCAUGGGCGUUGUGGGGAAGUGGCUGAACCGGCACUACCGACGCAGCAUCAGCAGCAAUGUCCAGAAGCAGCUGGACGACUUUCACAGCCACAGACCCUACUUCACCUACUGGAUCACGUUUGUCCAUAUACUAAUCACCCUGCUGGCCUGUGGUACAUAUGGUUUUGCCCCUGUGGGGUUUGCACAACAUUCUACAUCUGAACUGGUACUGAAGAACAAAGGCAUCUAUGAGAGUGUCAAGUUUAUCCAACAGGAGAACUUCUGGAUUGGUCCUAGCUCUGAGGACCUGAUCCACCUGGGGGCCAAGUUCUCACCAUGUAUCCGUCAGGACAGACAGAUAGUGAGUCUGAUCCAGAAAGCCAAAGACCUGGAGAGAGAGUCUGGCUGCUGCGUUCAGAAUGACAACUCUGGAUGUGUGCAAACCCACAGCUCCGACUGCUCCGAGACGCUGGCCACGUUUAUUAAAUGGAACAAUGAGCAUGUGGACAUCAGCAGGUCCUCUGGUUCUGUCUGUCACCAGGAUCCCAGAGUGUGUGAAGAGCCUGCCUCUGCAGAGCCUCAUACAUGGCCAGAUGACAUCACCCAGUGGCCGGUGUGUACGUUUCCCAAGAAAUGGAACCACACAGGUUAUAGACACAUGGACUGUAACAUCAAGGGACGGCCAUGCUGCAUAGGGACUAAGGGCAGAUGUGAGAUCACCACCAGAGAGUAUUGCACUUUUAUGCAUGGUUACUUCCAUGAAGAGGCCACACUCUGCUCUCAGGUGCACUGUCUGGAUGACGUUUGCGGCUUGCUGCCCUUCCUUAACCCUGAUGUUCCAGAUCAGUUCUACCGUCUGUGGCUCUCUCUCUUCCUCCAUGCUGGGCUCUUACACUGCGCGGUGUCAGUGGUGUUCCAGAUGACCAUACUGAGAGACCUGGAGAAGCUGGCAGGUUGGGUCCGCAUCUCUAUCAUUUACAUCCUCAGUGGCAUCACUGGAAACCUUGCCUCCGCCCUGUUCCUGCCCUACAGAGCUGAGGUGGGUCCCGCAGGGUCUCAGUUUGGUCUCCUUGCUUGCCUGUUUGUUGAGCUGUUUCAAGGUUGGCAGGUGCUGGAGAAGCCGUGGAAGGCCUUUUUCAAACUGCUGGGCAUCGUCCUCUUCCUCUUCCUGUGCGGCCUCCUGCCGUGGAUUGACAACAUUGCCCACAUUUUUGGUUUCCUCAGCGGCAUGCUGCUCUCCUUUGCCUUCCUGCCCUACGUCAUCUUUGGGACUUUCGACAAGUACCGGAAACGUAUCCUCAUUUUCGUCUCACUGUUGGCCUACAUCGGGCUGUUCUCUUCCCUCAUCGUUUGGUUUUAUAUUUACCCGAUUAACUGGCACUGGCUGGAGCAUCUCACCUGCCUGCCCUUCACAAACAAGUUCUGUGAAAAGUAUGACAUAGACCACAACAUUGAUGAUGUGGUGAACUAGUCACACCUUGUGAUGUCUAAGAUGACCGCAUUGUCUGUGCGACUGAUCCUUCAGCUUCUAGCCAAUGGCCAGGUCAGUUGUUCCCAGAUCAACUUGUCUUUUUAAGAACGUGACAAUCAUAUUUUGUAUUCGCUCAUCAAAGGACCUGGUUAAAGCCCAUGUGAAUGGAACAGGAUCAGUCUCCUCUUAUCAGCCUGAUGAUUUACUUACUUUUGUAAAACUUUAUUCAACCUUUUUAAUCCUCAAGUCUGUCUGGCACUGCGUAGCAUGUGAAUUUGCUAAUGGGCUAGGCCACCCUCAGAAUCAGAGGACAGGAGAAGAUACCAUUAUGUCAGAACCGCAUAGAGAAACUGCAAACUGCAAAAUAAAAGAAGACCACAUGGGCACCACUGACCUACAAUCAUUUUUCCCUUUAACUCUAAGGACAGCAAGCAGCUGAGAUGAAAAAAGACUGAUGCCAUAAUGGGUCUUCAGGUAUCCUGUUGCCCAGUGAAUUGAGAUACAUCAGAUGCCUCCUACCAGUGAUCCUUGUUUUCAGUAACACAGGGUUAAACACUACAAAGGCUGUUGUUCAGCUCUUCUGCCUUUGACAGCCAUGAAACGCUCUUUUUUUUUAAUCUUCAUUCUUUUACAUACUGCACUUGGCAUGUCAAUAUUCUUUGGACAAGUGAUAUGUUAUGCUACAUACAGCAAAGUGUUCCAAGUAUUAACUGUGCAACUGGAAUAGCUAGAGUGAAAUAUCAGUGGUCAACUAAGGCAAGAUUUCUAUCUAAAACCACUAGUUGCCUUAAACAGACUAUGCCAUUUUAUAACAAUGCCUCAUUGUACUUUUGCAUACAGCCUGUGAUCAACUUAAUGAAUGAUGGCGAACACACUUCUGACCCUAACCUACCAAAGCAACCUCACAUGCUGCUUAUAUUUGCAUGUUGUUUUUCCACAAUGCUUAGUUUUCUAUAUGUCACUGCCACAAACAAGAAAGGUUCUCAGUCAUUGUCUGCUUUUAAGGGAUUUAUUGUUUGUCCAGUAACAUAGUGGUGCCUAAACCAUUUUGUAGAUUUACUUGGGGAAAAAAAAUCCUGAAAAUAAUAUUUAUGUUAGGAGUAAUUAUCUAAAAAGGCAUUUUUGUUAGAUCAGAGCAAGGUUUUGUACUGUAUUUUUUGUGAAACAAACCGUCAGAAUCACAAGAAGCCGUCGGUUUCAACUGAGCAUUGCUAUGUUUGUGAAAGGCUCAGUUUUUACCAUUUACACUUGACAAAAACAAUGCAAGACAGGUGAUUUUUGAACUGUUUUAACUGCAAUGUUGCCACAGACAUAGGACUUUUCUCAGACCUAGCCUCACACAGACACAUUCAGACUAAAUGUGGACAUUUCUUUUUGUCCCUUACAUGUACACUUUUUUUUUUUUUUUUUUAAACAUUUCUUUGUGUCUACCCUUGUGACUGAUUGGGCUGUGGUCCAUAACCCACAGUAGAUUGUUGCUGUUCUCAUUGGGUCCCUGACAAUGUGAUAAUAUGGGUAACAAUAUGACUUCAUAAGUUCUGACACCUGAAGUGAAACAUUUCUCACGUACUUGGCUUUAAACUUGAGGAUUGAGGAUUCUGGUAUGUGUUGACCCCAGCUGUUAGGAAAGCCAUGGUAAUGGAGGAUUAUGCGAGCUACUAAGUGAGAUUAUGUGAGUUAGUCUUUGGGGCUGAGUCAGUGGUCAUCUGGUGUUGUUGGAAACAAGAGUUACUGAAAAAAAAAACAACAUGCAGGUAGAGAAAUAGGUUCUUGUUGGACAAUUCCAUUUUU